AUGGCAGACUCGUCCUGGGGAAACCAAACAACUGUCACGGAAUUCAUCCUCCUGGGAUUCGGGGAUCUCCCUGACCUACAAAUUCUUCUCUUCCUGCUGUUCCUAGUGAUCUACAUGGCAACUGUGGCCGGGAACAGCCUCGUCAUGGUGCUAAUUGUGACUGAUCAGCACUUUCACACCCCCAUGUAUUUCUUCCUGGAGAACUUGUCCUGCUUGGAGACCUGCUACACCUCCACCAUCCUGCCAAGGAUACUGGUCAGUCUCCUGACUGGAGACAGAACCAUCUCAGUCAGUGGCUGUAUCACACAAAUGUAUUUCUUUGGUGGUCUGGUAGGUACAGAAUGCUCUCUCCUAGCAGUCAUGUCUUAUGAUCGUUAUUUAGCAAUAUGUAAACCCCUGCACUAUUCAGCACUUAUGAAUACGAGAUUUUGUGUCCAACUGGCUGCUGGGACCUGGAUAAAUGGUUUUUUUGCUGUUACUAUCUUUAUAUUCUUCAUGUCACAGUCAGUAUUCUGUGGCCUGAAUGAAAUUGACCAUUUCUAUUGUGAUCCCGUCCCAUUGAUAAAAUUCUCCUGUGCAGACACACACCUGAUCAUAUUGUUGGAUUUCAUGUUCUCCUUUAUAUUCACUCUGCCUCCAUUUCUACUAACCCUAACGUCCUAUGUUUGUAUCAUUUCCACCAUCCUGAGAAUCCCGUCCACUACAGGGAGACAGAAGACCUUUUCCACCUGCUCCUCUCACCUCAUUGUGGUGACAAUUUUCUAUGGGACCAUAAUGAUUGUCUACAUGCUACCAAAACGCGAUACACUGAGAGCGCUAAAGAAAGUGCUCUCUCUUUGUUACACAGUCCUGACUCCCCUGGUAAACCCCCUUAUCUACAGCCUGAGAAACAGAGAGGUCAGAGAAGCCUUGAGUAAAGCAUUCAGUCAAUAUGUGGCUUUCAAAAAAACAUGCAGAGACUCCUAG